AACUAGCGUAAUCAGCGUCAUCAGUGCUGCUACUGUAAAGUAACCAUGUUCUCGCACUUCUGCUCCUUCUUCGCCUGAAAUCUACGCCCACGCUUAUGCGUACGCGUAUAUAUACUGUAGAAGAUUGUCGUGUACAGUCGUCGCGCAUACCGGUUGCAUGUGAAAACCAAUCAGAAUGGGGCUUUGUUUCUCGCGGAGGGAGACCCCGAAGAAGCGGCCGUCGAAGCGUAUAGCGCACCAAUCCUCUGCUGUCGGCGGAGGGAGCAGUAGGUGGGGUAGGAAUCGAUCGUCCAGGAAGGAUGGAAUGGUAAUUCAGGACCCGGCGCUCGCCGCCGCGAUUCUGUUCCAGCAGCAGAUGCAGAACGGCGGCGGCGGCGGCGGUUUGGCGUUUGAUCGUUCCGCCUCGCUCCGUUAUCCCGGCUCCAACUCGAAGAAGAAUCAUCAGGCGUUGCCUCGGAGCUCGAGCUCCAGAGCUCGCUCGCUAACUGAUCCCCUGCUUCAACCUCACCAACUGGUUAAUAAGGAUAUAAAGCUUGAUGAAUUAGAGACCAGCCAUUUUGUCCUUGUUCAUGGUGGUGGUUUUGGGGCUUGGUGCUGGUAUAAAACCAUUGCACUUCUGGAAGGAGCUGGAUUUAAAGUUACUGCUGUAGAUUUAACUGGUUCAGGAAUUCAUUCUUUUGACACAAAUAGUAUAGCCAGCCUGUCACAGUAUGUGAAGCCACUCACUGAUUUUUUUGAAAAGCUUGUUGAUGGAGAGAAGGUGAUUUUGGUAGGGCAUGAUUUUGGUGGUGCUUGUAUAUCAUAUGCUAUGGAGCUUUUCCCUGCUAAAGUCUCGAAAGCUGUUUUCAUUGCAGCGGCUAUGUUGACUAGUGGGCAGAGUACCCUGGAUAUGUUCUCUCAAAAGACAGAUUCGAAUGAUCUGAUGCAACAGGCUCAACUAUUUAUUUAUGCCAAUGGGAACAACAAUCCCCCAACUGCCAUUGACCUGGACAAAUCACUCCUGAGGGACUUACUAUUUAACCAGAGUCCCGCUAAGGAUGUUGCAUUAGCAUCUGUGUCAAUGAGGCCUAUCCCCUUUUCACCUGUUCUGGAGAAGCUCUCUUUGUCAGACCUCAAGUAUGGCUCCGUUAGACGGUUCUAUGUUGAAACUCCAGAAGAUAAUGCAAUACCCAUUGCUUUACAACGGAACAUGAUUACCCAAAGUCGUCCAGAACAAGUUUUUCAUCUCAAGGGCGCCGAUCACUCGCCAUUCUUCUCAAAGCCACAAGCCCUGCAUAAAACACUGGUAGAGAUCUCAAUGAUCCCUUAAUUAUUCUAUGUAAAGUUCCUUUUGCUCGUCCCUUGUAAAAUUUUAUCAACAUGUCUGAAUAUCAAAAUGCAAUCAACAGAGAUAUAUGUAAUGGUAUAGCCUUGUUUCUAGCUCAUCAUUUAUGAGCCAUUCCUUUUAACAAAGAAUUGUCAAUUCUUGUUUUGUAAUGCC